AUGCCCAUGGCCUUCGCCAACAUCGCCGUUGUAUUCGGCGUUGACCAACGAGUGUCUUACACUAUAUUCCUCGGUCUAGCUCCAGUUGAUGCGGCUGCCGAACAAGCCUUCAGGCUAGAGGAGGAGCGCGCAGCUAAGGUAGCUGCUCUCGUCGCCCGCAUACAGACCGACCCAUUCUUCGCCGCGAUGGUGCGCCGAUAG